AAUAGUCAUAGAGGAACAGUCGAGUUCCUGCCUCGCACCCAGACUUCUUUCUAAAUAAUGGCCGCGCAAGGGAGGAAGGGAAGGUGCUUCUCUUCUUUCCUCUUCCCGUGGUCGCUCGCGAUUUGCGCUCGUCACCAGUCGUUCAAGUGCAAAGUACCUGAGGAGGCUGGUCAAGUUAACUCUGGAAAUGAGGGCGAGUUUUCUUUUUGUGGACACUGAAAGACCCGCAAUUGAAAGUAUAUAUAAACUACAAACAGAGAUUGUUUUCCAUUUUGUAGCCAACGAGCGCAUGACUAAAUCCCAACGACGACAGAACCUGGCAGAUAAGCGGGUUUACAGUAUUGCAUGUCUUCUAUAAAGGUUACACUGGGCUUCUACUCUUUGUGCCCCUACUAAAUGGUGAAUAUAAAAAUAAAUUAACCAGAGACCCAACUGAGCUUUACGUCUUUAAUUUCACAAAUCAAGUUGCAGAAAAUUGAGACGACAGCUCAAGCACCUCCAUCAUCACCAACACAAGCACCGGCCCGAGUGUCAGAGAGUCCAAAGAUUCCUCAUGUGGAACUGCGACAUGUUGGAAUUACAAAGUCAAACCGUCCUGUGUCAGCCCCUCCCAUCCAGCUGGUGAUUCCCCCACCUCCACCCAGCAGUCCACCCCCUUCCACUCCUCCCCCACCCGUCACACCGCCUCCCCCUGUGCUUUUGAAGACGAACGACACGACACAGAAAGCUUCAGAAGCCACUCUGCCUGGGAGCGCUGAUUUUGCCAAGGCCAUCCAGGCGAAGAAUCUGAAAAAAGUUGAUCCUGAAGAGGAAAAGAAACGACGCGAACAGUCGCAACAAAACAGAAUGAGCUCAACGGACAUGCUGAAUGAUGAACUAAAACGAAGAAUGACCUCUAACCAGGGGGGACUUACACCAAGAGUGCCACGGAAGGAUUUGCAGACCGUCGACCUGACCGCUGAUUCAAGCGCCAGUGAAGUCAAACAGUGGCUCAAGAGUAAAGGAUUCACUGAAAGUUGUGUGACAGCAUUAUCUGGCAAGUCCGCUAAAGAUCUGGAGUCGAUGACAAAGGACCAGUUGAAGCAGGCUUGUGGAGAUUCCGAAGGAUCAAGAGUAUUCAGUCAGUUUGCAGUGCAGAAAGCCAACUGGGAGGCGUCAAAUAAAGGAUCUGAAUUAGCGUUCAUAAUGCAAAAACGUAAGGAGAGAUCGGAAGAGAAAACUGCCGAGGAGCUGGAAAACGCUGGCGAACUCCGAAGCAUUGUUGCCGACGCCAAAGCUGCGGCAGCUCAAGAGGAGAUUGAAUUAAGACGCAGAACAUCCAGUGCAGGGAAGAAAGCACCUCAGCUCGGUGCACCCGCAACCAAACCUCGUCCGAAAAGCUUUGCGGGACCUGAGACCAAGCCGCGCAAGGACAGCAAGGCAGAACGAAAGUCUUCCCGAGGAGAGUCGUUUGAUGCUGAGUUUAUCCCACCGCCACCCAUGCUGGAAUCCGAAGAUCAGCCGACAAGUGGCGAAGCGAGUCCGAGGGCGAGAAAGAUUUCUUCUGAGGACGUGGAGAAUAUUAUGCGAGAACAGAAGAAACAACAGGAAUUCUUGUUGGAACACGAUAAACAGCUAUUCCUUCUCGAAGAGCUUCAAAGACAAAAGUUAGAACUGGAACAGCAGAAACGAGAGUUUGAAGAACAACAACAGAGGGUGAAACAGGCGGAGUUACAGGAACAGCAGAAGGAGCUAUACCGUCAAAUCCAAGCACAGCAAGAUCAGCUGAAAAUGAACGAGGACAAGCUAGUGCAGCAACAACGAUUUCUUUCAACCUACGAAAAUAUCCCCCCUCAAUUCACCUAUGCGCAGAUUCCCCCUGUUAUGCCCCAGAUGCCCGUUAUGCCCAUUGCGGGUGUCCCCACCGGAGCCCCCGCCUACCUUCCAAUGGGGGGCCUUCAACCGAUGUACACACCGUACCCAACCGCGAUGGCUCAACCCGGGGUGACACAUGUGGUUCCUUCCGUGAACAUGCCGUCGGUUUCAGCAACGCAGCCACCUAGCGCUGUAGUAGCUGACAAUACAAUCAGAAUGUAGUUAAAGCCUGAAGAGAAUUUUGUAGGAAGAUGUCACGUAGUAUACUCAAUCGAGAAUUAUGCAAAUUUACCAAUCAAAGUUAGAAUGCGGUCUAUAACAUACGCAUGAAAUUCGCGCCUAGUACAGCAGAAUGUAUAUUUUUUGCACGUCAUAGAGACGAGGUUAAUUAAAUCCAAAAUGUAAUCAAAACGCUCCCACCACCGUAAACAAUUCCUUUAAUUGUGAUUUGAUUGUGCAUUCAAAACAAAUGCGAAUCUCUUAGGUGUAGGGGGAGGGGUCGCGUAAAUCAUAUUUACGUUACUGACGAAGAACUAGUAAGGCGGAUUCCGCUCAAAGUUCAAGCAAUACAUGCAAAAAUUAUUUACUAAAAGUCUGCUUAUAGCUCUAACUUUUUGAAUGCUCUUUGAAACCUCUCACUUUAAUUCAUUUUUCUAAGUGACCCCGCGAUUAAAUUCUCAAGCACUCUCGAGAAAGUUAUUGUCAAACCUCGUGAGAAUACUUAUUAAAAGCGUGCGUUGUUGUGUUUUGAACUGACGUGAAAUUAUUAAAAUAUGGAUAACAUCAAAUUCAGUUUUCCCUCACGGGGUCAGCCCGAGAGCUUAAGUCUUGAUAAGGUCUUCUUAACUGUAUUCUAUAAUAUUGCCAUAGUUUUUUGGUAACUUUAUUUUUGCCAUUAUUGCUCGAAUGUUCAGCGGAAAUCAUGUUAAAUAUACAGGCUCUUGCUCACUCGUGGAGCUCCUUGCA